AUGUGUGAUAUUAACGAUAAUCCAAUUAAAUUAAGUGUAAAAUGGAAUGGAAAGGAGUAUGAAAUACCAGAAUUAUCACCUUCGGAUUCUGUGGCAAUGUUAAAAAUUGCCAUCGAAAAUGCAACUGGCGUGCGCCCGGAAAGACAAAAACUUCUCAAUGUUAAAUUCCAGGGUAAAGUCGCGACCGAUAAUUGUACACUGUCCGAUUUAAACCUCAAACCAAAUUUGAAGAUUAUGAUGGUGGGUUCCCUUGAAGAAGCCAUAGAAGGUGCUAGAACCAAACCAGAUGUUGGUGACGAUGUAGUAAAUGAUCUUGAUAUUGAGGAAGAAGAAGUGGAUGUUGAAAACCAAGAGAUUUACCUAGCUAAAAUAAAUAAACGAAUAAGGGAUUACAAGAUUAAUGUUCUGAAUGAACCGCGACCUGGCAAGAAAUUAUUAGUUUUAGAUAUAGAUUACACACUGUUUGAUCACAGAUCUGUGGCAGAGACUGGUUACGAGUUAAUGCGUCCCUUCCUUCAUGAGUUUCUAACGUCUUCGUACACACAUUAUGAUAUAGUGAUCUGGUCGGCCACCGGCAUGAAGUGGAUUGAGGAGAAGAUGAGAUUACUCGGAGUAUCCACACACCAGGACUAUAAGAUUAUGUUCUAUUUGGACUAUCUAGCUAUGAUUACAGUCCAUACGACCAAGUAUGGGACUAUAGAUGUCAAACCUCUCGGCGUCAUAUGGGGUAAAUAUCCCCAAUACAGCUCCAAAAACACUAUAAUGUUUGAUGACAUACGAAGAAACUUCAUCAUGAACCCUAAAAGCGGUCUUAAGAUACGUCCAUUCAGACAAGCUCAUUUGAACCGGGACAAAGACAGAGAAUUAUUACAUCUUACUACAUAUUUAAGAGAUAUAGCGCAGUACUGCGAAGAUUUUGACACCUUGAACCAUAAGAAAUGGGAGAAAUAUAAGCCUGAUAGGAUAACACAACUAGCUGGUAGCAAACGGAAGGCAGAAGACAGUGUGUCCAAGCGCAAAGAAUGA